AUGAACGUGAAGUUAAUGUAUAAUCUAUCCUGUUUCAGUAUGGUCAUCUUACCAGAUUUGGGAUCGCGAGCUAUCAAGAUACCGUUUAAAGAUCCGAAAUAUGUGUUAUUGAUUGUUCUUCCAAACUCAAACGAUGGAUUGCCAGACUUACUGAAUUUGAUGUGUGAAUAUGGUGGGAUUUCUUCGAUACUCUCCCGUAGGUUUGAAGACACGUCAUUGAAUUUAUAUCUGCCUAAAUUUAAGCUCAAAGAAGGCUAUUCAUUUAGUAUAAAAGAUCAUUUAGAACAAUUGGAAAUAAAGGACGCAUUCAGACCACUAUCAGUUGACUUUUCGAACAUUUCCGUCUCGAGGGAAUUAUGUGUAACGGAUGUUUUACACAAGUCUAUAAUCGAAAUUGAUGAAGGUGUCGUAGCUGCUGCAGCCACUUUGUGUAUAUUCGCUGGAUGUGCACUUAAUUCUUCCAAACCUGUGGUAGAAUUUCGUGUUGAUCAUUCAUUCUUCGUUUCGAUUAUCUGGAAUAAUACUCUACCAAUAUUUCUGGGACACGUUACGACUCCAGUGAAUGACUAG